AUGGCGUGCGUCCAACCACUGGGACUUCCUUUGCAAGACAUCGUCGGGACUGGGUUCGAACACGAAGGCACGGAGAGAAAUCGUUUGGCGAAACAAGGAUGGAAAGAAGGCGAUCUCGGGAAGGGUGAUUUUAACGUCGAGAAUGAAUUCGAGAAGGAAAUGAACCCGGUGGUUAUCGAUUACGACGGCGAUGAUGAUAACGAUAAAAGCGUUAAAGACAAAGACGCGGUUUUUUCGACGAACGCGUUCGAUUUGAAAACCUACUUGGAAGAAACGUUCGAGGUGAAGAUCAAAAGGGUUUUUCAACCGUCCCAAGAACGUUUUUGUUUCGUGACGUUCGAGAGCAACGCGGACGCGAGGAAGAUGUGCGAGAAGAAAACGAUCGAGCUGAAAGAGAAAGAAGAGACGUUAAAGGUGAAAGUGCACGCGGCGAAAUAUGCCAACGCGAAAGUUCAAAAGUGGCGCUUAAAAGUCCGCGAGGCGAAGGCGAUGGAUAUUCUCAAGCAAAAAGAAUCAAAAAGUGAAAGCGGCGAAAGUUUAGGCGCGAACGCCUUCGCCGCCGAGGAGGAGUUGAACUAA